AUGUGGACCCGGCAAGACUUCUCGGAGUUGAACAAGCGCAUUGACGCUGCUAGCAAGAAAUACAAGAGGGCCAAAGCUGCGGCUGUGCCGCGGCCUGCUCCUGUGGUGUCUCGGUGCAGGCCUGACAAUUCUGUUUGUGUAAUGGUUUACAUCUUGGCAGGGCGCUUGGCUGGAGUUGCAGCCGAUUUUGUUCUGGGUCGUGGGUGGGGGCACAGGUGGCAGAGGAGAGGCCGGCGCAGGUUUGAGCAAUGCAGCGACAGAAAACAUUUGUUAGCAGACGUUGAGGAGGCUUACGCGCAAGCGCCUGUGUCGGCUGUGGCUGCGUUGGCAAAAGACCCGUUCAGUCAUUUUGAAUUUGAUGAAUUGUUGUGUGCUCACAAGUACGUGAUGGAACACCGGCUGGCGGCCUGGAUUGCUGUCCAAAACGUAGAGCAUUCUGUUGCGCCAUCUCGGGAACAAGUGCUAGCGCAGAUCCCAAUGCACAUUGCUGAGGAAGCCCCUCCGAAAAUUCGAAAAUGUUUGUGCAGCUUGGCCUCUGGUGCUCCAAGGAAGCAGCGGAAGUGGUUGGCCAGGUUUCGAAGGCGAUGGGGCUGUAGCUUUGGUGUUCUACGACCGCAAGAUUAUGUACCAGUGGAGGAGCGAAGAUCUAAGGCAGCCGCGUUUUUUCGUUGGGUGAAUCUUGCUUCCAGGGAAGCUUCUGCAGACAGACCUCCCCUUUUCAUCAACAUGGAUGAGACCGCGCUUGUGCGCAUGGAUGAGACCGCGCUUGUGCGGCAUCCCACAUGUAUCCGUGGUUACGUGGCCAAGUUCUCUGCUUCUCAGCAGAAAGCAGUGGACCGUGCAACCUUGGGUGAUCGUCGUACCUGCAUGUCGUAUUUCGCUUGCGUAACUCACGACGCUGGAGUCCAAGGGCAACUCCCUCAAGUCGUUCUGGGAAAUGAGCGUCAAGUAAGCAAGGCUUUGUUGGACACUAUCGCCGGCAAAUUGCCUGCUAACAUGGUCUGCUGGCGGUUGAAGUCGUCGUGGAAUUCACAUGAGACCAUGAGGAAGUGGCUGAGUUUACUGGCCAAGUCACUGGGGAACCUUGUUCGUGACAGAACAGUAAUUCUGCUGGUGGAUGUGAACCCAUCGCAUAUACACCAAUCCAUUUUCGUGCAUGCCCGGCGAUGUGGCAUUCGACUGGUUUAUGUGCCAGCAAAAUUGACAGCCUACCUCCAACCCUGUGAUACUCAUGUGUUUGCCAAAUUUAAGCGUUCGUUCCGGGACAUUUGGCGAGAACGGCGAUCAAAUUUGCCUGGUGGUGUUGUGACCGACCUUUGUUGGCUGGAAAUAGUUUUUGAAGCUAUUCAGACCGCGUUAGCCACGGCAAGUUGGCGGGGCGCCUUCCUAUCCACCGGAAUUCUAGAACAACAACGGCGCGUUUCCAACCGCCUGCGUGGUGCUUUCGGGUUUGCUCGUGGUGUGGAGUUUGGAGACAAUCCCUUGACCGCAGAGGAAGCUAGCGCCAUCUUCCCUAAGCGCAGUAAAGCGGACCAUCUUUCAUAUGUUCUGUGGCAACCCAAAAGCCACAGGCUCCAAAAAGAGCGUGGGCAAGUUAGGCCUGGCCCUGUCACCCCACCUAGUUCACCCAAGCGGCGGAAGCUACCUCCAACCUUUGGAGCAGCGCCGCGCACCAUUGAUUGA